CCGCACCUGCAGCGGCCCCGCCCCGGCGCAGGAAGGGAGCGCCCGGCGGGGCGGGAGGGAGCGGCCGGAUCCGGGGCUGUGGCCCCGCAGAGCCCGCGGGACGCUGCCGGCAGCGGCCAUGGCUUUCGGGAAGGCUCCUCGGGACCCGUUCGGCACGGCCGUGGGCAGCCUGGUCGAGCGGGCGACGCUCGGAUCGCUGCAGACGGAGGAGUGGGGACAAUUCCUGCACAUCUGCGAUGUGAUCAACGCCACCGAGGAGGGGCCUAAAGAUGCAGUUAAAGCCCUGAAGAAGAAGCUUUCAAAAAACUGUAACCAUAAGGAGAUCAGGCUUACCUUGUCUCUGCUUGAGAUGUGCAUGGAGAACUGUGGCCCGAGGUUCCAGUCUUUGGUUGUGAAGAAGGAUUUCUGCAAGGACAAGCUGGUGAAACUGCUGAACCCGAGGUACAACCUGCCCAUGGAGAUGCAGGAGAAAAUCCUGACCUUCAUCAUGGUUUGGGCGCGAGGUUUUCGAGGGAUGGUGGACGUGACUGAAGUGAAAGAAGUUUACCUGGAAUUGCUGAAGAAAGGAGUGGAGUUUCCAUCCUCUGACACCAGCAGUGGUGGAUCUAAGAUUUCACCCUGCUCUUCUGCAAAGUCAUCCCCCUCCUCUGCCAUUCCUGCCAAACGUUCCUUUCUGCCUCUUCCCACGGGCCCGACGCUGUUGCUGACCCCGGAGCAGAUUGGGAAACUGUACAGCGAGCUGGAUAUGGCAAAAAUGAACGUGAGAGUCAUGUCGUCAAUUUUGAAGGAAAACGUUCCUGGAUCUGAAAAUCCAGAUGAUAUGAAUCUUUUACAGAAACUGUACAAGACGUGCCGGAUGAUGCAGGAGAGGAUCAUGGAGUUGUUGGUGACAGUGGAGAAUGAAGAUGUGAUUGUUGAGCUGAUCCAAGUAAAUGAAGAUCUCAAUAAUGUCCUCCUGGGACAUGARAGGUUCUCCCGGAACAGAGUUCGUUUUCUGGAGAACCAGAGGAUACAGCGGGAGCGGGAGGAGCUGUACAGGAAGCAGCCAUCUGCUCCCUCAAGUGAUCUCCUUGGCCUGUCCAUAGAUUCUCCAUCUCCUGUGUCAGCAGUGGUGCAAAGUGACCCUGCAGUGUCUCCUUCAGGCCCCAAUGGCAUAUCUGCACACCCUGAAGAUAAAACCAGGCCUCAUCCAUCAAUUUACCCACAGCUGGAUUCAGCAGCUCCUCCAAAAGCUCAUCAAUCCCUAUUUGCAGCUGAAGCACAACACAGCGGUGUCAGCAGCCCAGCUGGACACACGUACAGCAAUCUGGUGACUCUCCUAAGCCCAGUGCCUCUGAACCCCAUAAAUCUGCAAGCUGUGCCAAAUGGACCRUCACCAGCAGCUGCAUCAAAGAACAAGUCACAGUCGUCUCAUUAUUACGAGAUAAUGGAAUUUGAUCCCUUGGCUCCUACUGAAGCUGUUUAUGAAGAAAUYGAUGUUGUGCUGAAGGCAGAAGUGAAGAAGAACAMAGACUGAAGGUGGAGGGGGAAUCCUUUCCUGAGCACAUUCYUCUCUGGUGCUGGUCCUGUGCAGUGCUUCCUGUAACUACAAGUGAAUAACAGAAGAGGCUUUGCAUUUUGACACAACGGAUAAUUAGCGUUGGAGUACUAAGAUGUGUGCAAGUUGAAGAGUUACUUGGUUCUACACACUGACAAUUUGUCCUAAAUGUUCAGCUGGGUAUUCUUCAAGGUCACUUGCAUGGUUAUUUUAAAGUGUUUGGGGGGCCUUGAAAAUGUGACAUCCAAAUUCACCUAUGAARUAACACUUGACACCUGGCACAUUAAAAAAAAACAGACUUUACAUUCACAGAAAGUGCAGAAUCCAGUUUUGCCCUCAUUGCUGUCUGUGUUCAUCUCCCUAGAAAU